AUGGUCGAGAGAACAGUCGAUACCUCAGCUGCUUUAGCACUCCCAAAUAUUAAUCCAGAAAUUUACAAGGUCAGCAUUAAGGCAAACUUAAUGGGUUCAACGACACAAAUCUUUAACUACCUUAAAGGCCUCUUUAAAGAUAACGACGCCUGGCGUGGUUACAAGUCGAAAACAAUAAGAUAGUAUCAACCUGACCGUGGGCUUUCAGCGAUUAUAGACUAUAAAGAGGACAACGUGUCUAGAAAGAAGGAAGCAAACAGGUUCUAACUUGAGUCAGCAACUGAGAAGUGGUUCGACGAUGCUUUCCUUGAGAGAAAAUAAAUCAAUUGGAAAGUUAGAAGUUUUGAUUUUAUAUAUCCGAUAAGAGAACUAGGAGCCUUGCAAAUAACUAAUGAUGAUCUUGGAGAUGCAGAUUUCACUUUAACUCAGAAGUUGUAACUAUUAGAGACUGAUGAUAAGAAAAAUAGUACAAAGUAUACUAUCGUCUUUAGAAUAAGAAAUUGCAAUGCGAGAAAUAUGGCUUACGAGGCACUACAAAUUUUCAGAGAUAUAGCUGCUGAGCACAUGGAUCAUAUGAAAACUGAAUUUUCCAGUGGAUUUUUCAGAACCAUUGGUAAUUUCGUUAAAGAAGUCCGUGCAAUAAAUUUAGUAGAAUCAUUUGAUUAAGCCGCUCAUAAAUACAGUUUGAUAAGAGCAGCUAUCAAAGCAUUCUCAUCAAAUAGUGCAAAAUGGAUAUAUCACAAAGACUAUGGAAUGAAAGAUAGAAAUAGGAAGAAGCUCAGACUUCCUAAGAAAGCUGAAAAUGUAGGAUUUGGCUUCAGACAAUAAUCCAGAUAAAUAAUCUUUAGGACAGUUGCUGCAAGUCUUGACUCAACCUUAGAUUUCACUAAAGGAUCAAGAGAAAACUAAGACUAAUAUUUAGCUUUUCUACCUGAUGCAUCAAAAUAUGAUCCAGUUAGAGAAGUGGUGGCUAAGAAUUGGAGUGAGGAUGAAUAUUUCUGUCAUGAACUUGUUAAUGGAGUAAAUCCAUUCUCAGUAUAAGUUGUAGACCAUAUAGGUGUGAAGAUCCAUCAAGAAUUCAUUCACUUAAAGGAUAGUAAAGGGUAUCCCUUAGUUGAGCAGUUCGGUAGAGGAGAUCUUUUAGUUUGCAAAUAUCCUGAAUUGAGAGCUUUUGUUUACCCUAACGUUAACGAGGAUCUAAAAAGAGAAAUUCUAGUAAUGGAACCUGAAAUUUUGAUUGGAGUAAAUGCAGAAAAUAGAUUUACCAUAUUAGGUAUUGGUUUCUAUCACGGUAAAGAUGGUUCUAUGUUUGAAGUCUAUAGCCCAGAAAAUGUCACAUGGAGAGGGUAAUACACUCCAAAAAACAUUUGGCUUUUAGCUAAAACUCAUGCGCUAUGUGCUGAUAGUUAGGCACAUGAAAUUAUCAUGCAUUUAGGAAUGGCCCAUUUAAUGUGUGAGCCGAUUGCAGUCGCACAUCAUAAUACAUAUUCAUAUAAAGCAACUGCAAAUAGGUUCAAAGGUUGCAAAUACAUAGGAGAUAUACUUAGUCCUCAUUUCAUUAAUUUGAUCGCUAUCAAUACUCUAGGUAGAGAAACCUUGAUUGCUAGAGUCGAUGACAAGUUGAGUGAAUUCUUUGGAGUUCCAGGCAACUAAUUUCCUCUCGUAUUUGGUGAAUGGUUCUAGUAAAAAGAUAACAUUUGGAAUACUAAUGUAGGCUUCUAUGACGAACUUAGAUAAAGAGGAUUCGAUUAAAACUUCAAGCAUGGUGAUAAAUAUAGAUACUUCAGAGAUGGAAAGCUCAUUUAUGAUGCUAUCUGGAGAUAUGUUGAAAAAACAGUAAAUGGGUUCUAUAAAAAUGACCAAGCAGUCUAAAAUGAUUAGCUUUUAGAUCAUUUCUUUAAAGAAACUCAUGAUGAAGACAAAGGAGAUGUUAAAGGAUUCCCAGCAAAACCUGAGAGUAGGGCUCAAUUAAUCUCAGUCCUGGCUAAGUUGAUUUGGCAGCUCUCAGCUUAUCACUCUGCCACUAACUUUAGUUAGGCUAGCUCUUAUGCUUAUUUGCCUUUAAGAUGUCCAGGCAUGAGGAAACCUUUGCCAAGAUUAUCAACAUACCUUGAAAAGCUAAGAAAGCAUCAUAUUGACUAGAGUAGCAGAGAUGUAUCCCUCAAUUUUGUUUAAGAUUCAUUUCUUACUAACUCUCAAUUCUUAGGAGCACUUGCUGUAGUUAAUAAUCUAACUGCUAGAACAGUUCCAACUCUUUUAACUCUCAGAUCACCAUUUAUUCACCAAGAGCACACAGAGGAGAAUGGAAUACCCAACGCAGAGAAAGCAUUCGAUGAAUUCAAAAAGAAACUUCAUGAGAUAGAGCAAGACAUUUUGGAAUUCAAUAAGACUGCUAAAUAUCCAUACAUCUAUCUACUUCCAAGCAAUGUAGAUGCUUCCACUUCUAUUUGA